AUGUCUCAGAUUUGGGCUCUCUUUCUGCUGCUUGCCUUUGGCUUGAAAUCGUUAUCUUCUCCAACUAAGAGUAGUCGUGUUAGUAGAUCAAAAAAGGUGGUUGAUGCGAAAUCGAAACGAAAAUCGGGGGGAAGGUAUGAUUUUGUAUUGGAGAGAGGGGGGAAAUGUGGAUCAGAGGUGUGGGCAUUGAGAAAACUGGUGAAGAUGGAGCGGCGGAGAGCGGAUGCAGCCGUUGCGGAGGUGGAGAGAGAAAGGGCGGCUUCUGCUACGGCGGCGGAGGAAGCCAUGGGUAUGAUUCAGCGACUGCAACGCGAGAAGAACUCGAUCCAGAUGGGAUACAAUCAGCACCGUCGACUGUGCGAGGCCAGAGACGUUCACGAUGAGGAGGUGAUUCAGUCGUUGGAGUGGGUGCUGUGGAGGCGCGAAGCCGAGCUCCGUUUGCUGCGGCAGCACACCAGAGCUAUCUCUUAUUUCACUUCAACAACAAUGUAUUAA